AUGAAAUGGAGCAUGCACCAUCUAAACGUGUUCAGAGUCCAGAAGCAUUGGAUCCAAAGGCUUCAGCUGUGGAAAAGCAGUCCUGUCCCUAUGCAUUUCCUAGGCCGCCAUUGCAAGAAGGUUUUCCAUAAUAUCCGAAAUAUGAUUUUGAAUUUAUGUAUAGCACUUCAGAUAACGAUUGUAGUUAUAUGUAAAACAAUAUGUCUCGUUCCCAGAUCAUUUCUGAUCUUAUUCUCUUAUUGUUACCAUUUCGCCAAGUCUUCCUUGAAGUGGUUCAAGGAAGAACCAAAUGCAUCUAAUAGCAAUGUGAUAUCAGAUAUGGAAGAAUAUACUGGUUACAUCCUGCAAAUCGAACAGGAUGCGAAGCUUUCAAAGAGAAUAUUACGAAAUGUGCUCAACUCUAUAACUCAACUUCUUCAAGAGUCUGAAAAGAAAGAGCCAAGGAAUCUUAUGAAGCUUCUCGAGAAAUCUACUAGAUUCAAUGGAGUAGUAGAUUUCGACAAUGAUGGAGUUCCACCUUUACAUCCAGAAGAAACCCAGAAUUGCUGGGGCCUAAUCGCACUAACAUUAACAGCGAUUGCUCUUGCGCUUCCUAAUAUUGCAAACUGCCAUGUCAAGGGGCAAGAGAAGGCUCGUAAAGGAAAAACAUUGAAGGAGAUUCUUGAAUGGUUGGGUGAUGAAGCAGCAAAAUUUGUGAUACAGUUCAAGGCAAGGAAAAAUGUAAGUCUGGAUCACUCACGUUGUAAGUUCAUUGCUGCAGAUCUGCUAUGUGCUUGCUUUACCAACUUGCCAUAUGUCAUAACCAUGAAGUGUCAUGAUGAUGCAAUAGAGAAAAGGGAAGAUAGCAUAAGAACUGCAACUCAACUUCUUGGUAGAUCCAAAAAGAUCCUGAAAAUGCUUAAAAAGAGACAACUUCCCAACUUGGACAUGGAGUCAAUGGGAUACAUUGACAAGUGGCGUGCAGUACCAAAAAGUUAG